AGAACUCAAAUUGCCGAGCUCGGUAGCGUGGGCUUGUAACCCAAGUGGGGGCAUUAGUGUGGUGGAAUGUUGAGCAUGUCCAGAAGGUAGGGCUUGUGUGACAAUUCUCUGGCCUGCCCUGUCCAAGUACAGAGUUGGGUCUUGUGGUCCAAGCGAAGGCUCGGGCUGCUGGACCCCUAAAGUGGGGUGGACUGCGUGAGGCUGGUUUCACAGAGCAACGAAUAGUUCCCGCUCUGUGCAGUGGAAGGAUAACGAGCCAGUGUCAUACAAGUCCAAUGAAUGCCUGAUGGACUGUUCUAAUUAAACCACCACUUUUUUUGUCUUGUAGUGAAGUUCUCCAUGACCACACCUCAAAGCUAACCAUAACCAGUCAUUUGUUUCUGAGACUAGGAUAAAUAUACAAUGCUCUGAAAGCUAACCAUAACCAGUCAUUUGUUUCUGAGACUAGGAUACAAUGCUUCAACUGCAUAACAUUAUAACCAUUUAACUAUUUAUUUAUCUUUUUUUAGUCCUUUUUCAUUCUGCAAUCAUUAAAGAACAAAUGAGAUAACAUUUGUAGAACCAAGUAAAGCUAGAGCGAAACAUGGCUUCUGUUUUCUCUUCUUCUUUCUUCUGUCCACUCAAAACCACAAAAUUAAGAAUAAAGCUUCAAACUUUACAGAGUUCUCAAAAACCAUUCUUGAUAAGUUCACUUCAGUUAAGAGAACUUGACCCAAAAAUCCCACAACCUGUCCAAACAUUCUGGAAGUGGCUAUGUGAUGAAGGAGUUGUAUCAAUAAAGACACCUGUAAAGCCAGGAAUUGUAGCAGAGGGUUUAGGAUUAGUUGCUAAGAGAGAUAUUUCAAAAGGGGAAACAGUUUUAGGAGUGCCUAAAAGGUUCUGGAUCAACACAGAUGCAGUUGCAGAAUCUGAAAUUGGGAAUGUUUGUACUGGAUUAGAACCUUGGAUUUCUCUUGCUCUUUUCUUGUUGAGAGAGAAAUGGAAAGAUGAUUCCAAGUGGAAAUAUUACAUGGCUGUUCUUCCAGAGUCUACUGAUUCCACUAUAUAUUGGUCUGAAGAGGAGCUCUCUGAGAUUCAAGGAACUCAACUUUUAAGCACAACAUUGAGUGUGAAAGAGUAUGUGCAAAAUGAAUUUCAAAAAGUGGAAGAACAAGUCAUACUUGGUAACAAGCAGCUUUUCCCUUUUCCUAUAACCUUGGAUGAUUUCUUCUGGGCAUUUGGAAUGCUCAGAUCAAGGGGGUUUUCCCGUGGUGGGAUUCAAAAUCUAAUGCUGGUCCCCUUUGCUGACCUGGCAAACCACAGUGUCAAAGUGACUACUGAAGAUCAUAUCCAUGAAGUUGGGGGACCAGCAGGUCUGUUCUCCUGGGAUUUGUUAUUUUCUUUUCAAAGCCCAUUGAAACUGAAGGCUGGUGACCAGUUUCUUAUUCAAUAUGGCUUGAAGAAAAGUAAUGCUGAUAUGGCUAUUGGCUAUGGCUUCAUCGAACCAAACUCAGCUCGUGAAGCAUUUACAUUAACAUUGGAAAUAUCAAAGACUGAUGAUUUUUAUGGGGACAAGCUGGAUAUAGCAGAGUCAAAUGGCCUAGGAGAAACUGCUGAAUUUGACAUAAAACUUGGACAAUCUCUCCCUCCUUCUCUAUUUCCAUAUCUAAGGCUUGUUGCCCUUGGUGGAACUGAUAAUUUCCUACUAGAAUCAAUUACUGGAAAUGCUGUUUGGAAUCUUCUCGAGUUGCCUGUCAGCAGAGCAAACGAAGAGCUCAUAUGUAAAGUUGUACUAGAUUCAUGCAGAUCUGCACUUUCUGGAUAUCACACCACAAUUGAAGAGGAUGAGAAACUUAUGAAGGAAGGGAACCUCAGUUCAAGGCUUCAGAUAGCAGUAGGGGUGAGAGCAGGGGAGAAGAAGGUUUUACAUCAACUCGACGAUAUCUUUAGAGAAAGAGAACUGGAACUAGAUGAAUUAGAGUACGACCAAGAAAGGAGGCUUAAAGAUCUUGAUCUUGUUGGAUAGCCAAAGUAAGGAACUCUCUGCAGACCUUAUGAUCAUUCUAGUUGAGUUAUAACAGCUUGGACUUCAAAGUCAGAGGCGGAUCUAGAAUUUGUAGGCUCAUAUACGAACCUCAACUUAGCUAUACGACUUCUCAGCACACAAUUUGGAUUUUCUUCAAGUACCCUUUAUUGAGCAUGACAUUUAGAUAAACGAUCAAACUGUUACAUUUCUUUGCUCUACAUUUUAGAGCAUUUGAUAGUAAAAAAGGUUAUAUUCCUGUAAAAAAAACUGUGGUAUCAAGUACAAUCAACACUGUCCAACUUGUGGAAGAGAGUAAAAACAUAUGAACAAAAUGAAUGAACACAUUAACAUGA